UGAGUAAUAAAAGUUGUGUAAAAGACUGCUGCGCCAUCUUUAAAAGUUGCUGUCAUUUUACAGUAUUCGUAACUUACUGUUACACAACAGUUAAGAUGGACAAAGACGAAAUAUACUAACAGAAUUUAAGAAGAAAGUAGCUGCAUAUUGACGACAUUCUAUUGUUCAAAAUUUUUUUAAUAUUGAUAAAAGAAGAAGUACACAGACCACUUAUGGGAUAUCUUGGCAAUGCAGUUGCUAUCUUGCUUUACAUUGGGCUUGUAGCUGGCAGAAAAUGCGAGUUUGAAAACAGAUGUCAGUGUUUCUUCAAUACUGGGAAACAAGAUUAUAAAGCAGAUUGUUCAAAUGCACAUCUAACACACAUUCCAGAUUUUCCCAAAAGUAUCAAAGUGAUUAUAUUGGAUAACAAUUUGAUAUCAACUAUACCAGACAAUCAUUUUAGAAACAAUAGUAAACUGUGUAAGAUUAGUUUAUUGAAUAAUAAACUGACAGUUUUGAGGAAAGACACAUUUUAUGGAGCCUUUAACCUCAUAAAUUUGACACUUUACAACAACGAAAUAAAAGAUGUAGAUAAGAAUGUUUUUAUGUCCAUACCUGCUCUGAAAUAUUUAAACAUUAAGAGGAAUCACAUUGAUUGGAUGAAACUUAAUAUAACUUUUCCAUAUUCCUUGCAAACAUUGCGAAUGGACUUUAAGAUACUAGAACAAAACCAUAUUUUUGACAGUUUUAAAGGACUCAUUAAUCUGGAAAACUUGGACAUUUCUGGAUUGUCUGGUGAAUGCGAAUGUAAAACAAUGACUCCGGAAACCUUUCGAACUAUUCCAAAUUUAAUAUAUCUUGAUAUGUCCGCUUGUAAAAUAUCUUAUGUUUAUAGAGGAACAUUAAAAUUUAUGUCAAACCUGACAUUUUUAGACGCCUCUUUCAACUUUUGUCUUAAAUUUGCAGGGGCAGAGAAUAUUACCUAUGAUCUUCAAACAACUUCUAUUAAGAUUCUGAAAUUAAACAAAAUUCAUAAAAUUUUUGAGCCCGAUACAAUUGUUUUGAAAUCACAUAUACGUAAUUUAAGACAUACAAAUCUGACUGAGUUGCACGCUGAUAGCAACAGAAUUCAGCUUUUCGAGAAGGGUGCCUUACGAUCUCUUCCACCUACGUUAAGAAAUAUAUAUGUUUCGGACAACAUGUUCGGUAUUGGGAGUUAUUUUUAUGAUUUUGUCGCAGUAAACAUAACUUUCAUAAAUAUCUCACUCCAGUUCAGCAGUCAUAAUUUUCAGGAUUUACAUGAUGAAAUAUGUGUAAAAAAGGACCAAACAGAUCCUUUACCAGUAAUAUAUCAGACAUCAAAUCAACAUGAAGUACAACGUCAAGGACAAUGGAAAUCCAAUACAAUUCCGUUUAGAAUUCCUUUCACAUUACAAAAUCUUAUUUUCAGAAACAAUUUAUUUCGAUUUAAAAUAGAGGCGAAUAAAGUGUACGAGAAUUCAUUAGCAUAUCUUGAUUGUGGAUUUAAUAUCAUGUAUUCCUGGAUUGGACCUCUGCUUACUUACAAGAAACUAGUUCACCUUGAUCUUUCGAACAAUUUUUGUUCCAACGUGUCAAAGGAUUUUUUUAGGAGUUCCCCGAGUUUAAAAUCGUUACUUAUACAGAACAAUUUACUGGGAUUUGUUCUCAUCGAAGACAUGCAUGGUGAAAUUCUGCAGCAUAUUCCUAAGCUGGAAGUAUUGAAUUUAGCAGACAAUCGAAUACCGUAUUUACCAUACAACUUUUUCAAAUUUCAAUCAAUGCUCAAAGAAAUCAACAUUGGUGGUAAUUUACUGGAGGAUUUGAGUUUUCAAAUAAGUCAUAUGCAAAAUCUUUCGCAUUUAGAUCUCUCAAAGAAUAGAUUUUCAAGUCUAAAUUCUACGGCACGUGGUCAACUUGAAACGAUUAUAAAGUCAAAUCCAAACUUGACAUUGAAUUUGAUUGAUAAUCCUUUGAUAUGUUCGUGUGACACCAUACAAUUUAUCAAAUGGAUGUUACAAACAAAAAUAAAAUUUACAAAGUUACAAAGUUACAAAUGCAAAUUGUACAACGGCAAUACGGAAUUAUUGAAAGAACCAAAAAGAGUAUAUGAAAUUCUAGAAAAGAAGUGUUCCUCUUACACAGCCUUACUUGUUGUAUUGUCAAUCUUCGUUAUAUUUUUCGUGUUGAUCUUGCUAUGCGGUUUAGUCUAUAGACACAGGUGGAAAUUACGAUUAAUGUAUUAUAUGACAAAGAAUAAAUAUCAGAAUUCGUCAAGAAAAAAGUUCGAAGACAAGGAGUACGAAUUCGAUGCUUUUAUCUCAUAUGAAGAGGAAGAUGCAGCUUUUGUACAUGAUCAUCUUCUUUCAAAUUUAGAAGAAGAUGCAAAACUGAAAUUGUGUAUCCACAAGAGAGACUUUCAACCAGGUAAGGAUAUUGCCGCAAACAUUACUUAUGGAAUUCAAAAUAGUCGAUAUGUGGUUGCAGUGAUAUCGAAGACCUAUCUUGAAUCAUACUGGUGUCUGUUCGAAUAUAAUAUGGCACGUAUGGAGAGCAUAUAUUCAAGAGAUUGUGAAAAUAUGUUUAUCUUAGUUUCUCUUGUGGACUUGUCAGCACUAAAUUUGCCUUUAUGUGUUAUUGAAAAAGUACAUAAUCAGUCGUACAUUGAGUAUCCUAAUGAUCCAUUAGGUAACACUCUGUUCUGGGAUAAAUUAAAGGAAGUGCUGAAAUGACAACAUAAGUCAAUGUUUGUUUUUGCUUUUACCAAAACCAAUUUAGUUAUAGUCCGUUUUUGUUAUAUAACUAUCCAUCCUAAUACUAUUAUAAUAUAUAAUACUAUAUAUUAUACUAUUACAUGAGAAAAGAUGAAAGUAUCUAAAAAAUGUGCGUCACUGUCACAGUUGUACUAUAAAUAUAUGUCAAUCACUCAAUUGUCGAGUGUUUGAGCUUUUGAUUUUGCCAUUUGACAAAGAACUUUCCGUUUUCAAUUUUCCUUGGAGUUCGGUAUUUUUGCAUUUUUACUUUGUAUGCCAUUGUGGCUACAAAUGAAUUUAUUACACAAUGGUGGCUUGUGGAAGUGUUUGUUCCAAAUCAUUAACAACUUUAAGUAAGUUAUUAUAUGUGACAGUAUCUUAAAUAUGUACUGUCAAAAAAUAUAAUAUUCUAUACAGUUUUGCAGGAUUGUAUCCUAUUUUAUCGAUCACAUUACAGUGGGAUAGUCUUAUGUGUUAAAGUUACAAAGGUUUGUCUGUACUAGGAGUACUUUUUUAUAUUCGUUAUUCUUUCUUUUCAUAACCACAAGAUUACAUUGGGCAUUACAAAUUUAAGCACGAUUCUUCACACUUUCAUAGAACUCUUUUUCAUUCCUCCCACAUCUGAUAAAUGUUAAUUACGUUCAACACCAUUACACACGCAUAACAUUGGUUGUGGAAGAUUGGUUUAACAAGAUGGGUAAAUAGAGAUAACUCUGUAUUUUUUAAUUGACACUUUUAUCAAGUAAUGGAUAAUUAUGAAUCGGUAAUCAAAUUUAAUAAAAAUUACACUUGAUCCUGCAACAUUGUGAUGAAGUAAACUCUAAAUUAAUAAUAAAGGACAACAAUUCUAAAACAGAACAUUGAAAAAAAAGUUUAAAUGCUAUUCUAUUUUGUGAUUUAUAAGAUAACUUUUAUAUACAAAUAUGAAUCAUACAAUAUACAAUACCAAGCUUUAACAAAACAUAAACAAUUUUAGUUUAAUUUAAUUCAAAUGAAAUUUAAAAUAACUAUCAAAUAAAAUUAUUACUUAUUAUUUAAAGUUUAAUAACUGAUAUGAUAUCAUCUCAUUGAUACAGCUUGGACUACUUACCCUUAGUGAUUUUAAAUUAAUUGACCAAAUUGGUACAAUAAUUAAGUUUAAUUAAAGUGAUAUUUGUUCACUUAUGACAUAUUGCUGAGUUCUAAGCUAAGAAGUGUAUAAAAUCAAAUGUUUUCUGGAAACCAAUCAUUCACAAGUCAGUAUGGAAAAUGCACAGUCAGAUAUUCAGUUUGUUACCAAUAGAUAAGGCAACCAGAGUAUAAUCAACAAUGAGUUCCAGUUCAGAGUCAAAACCAGACGAGAUGAUAGUGUAUACUGGAUAUGUUAUACACGUAAUUGCCCAGCUACAUUAAAUACUCGCUACAACAUACCUACCAAAUUACCAAAUAGACACAAUCAGGACAACCACAAAGUUAAACUCAAAGUAGAUGAGAUACUUCAGACAAUAAUGAAACGGUGCCGAGAGGACACUGCACCAGUUCCAACUAUAUAUGAACAAGAGGUCAUUGAAUUACGCAACCCAGAAUGGAAUGACGAAACACAAGAAGUAGUAAAAAAUCUGCCAACUUUUGAAUCCUGCAGACGUAGCUUUUACAACGAGAGAUCAAAACUCAUACCAGGACUACCAAAAACACGCAAUGAGAUCAACCUAGCAGAACCCUGGACAGUCACUACAGUUGGAGAACAGUUCCUAAUUGCAGAUGAUGGUGAACAAGAUAGAAUUAAGAUGUUUACUAUACGUCAGAACCUAACCAACCUUACAGCAGCUGACAUCAUAUAUGGUGAUGGAACAUUUUAUACAUGUCCAGAUGUAUUUUUUCAAGUCUAUACAUUGCAUGCUUUCGUCGACGGAGCCAUCUACCUACUGGUUUAUGCAUUACUACCCGGUAGAAGUUAAGUCAUCUACACACGGUUCUUGACACUACUUAAACAAGCAUGCCAACGCUUUGAUCUACAACUACAACCAAUUACUAUAUUCUUGGAUUAUGAAGUUGCAGUACGUAACACAGCUUAUCAAGUAUUUCCUGGUAUUACUGUUAAAGGUUGAUUCUUUCACUAUACCCAAUGUAUAUGGCGACAGGUACAAGAUACUGGUCUUCAGACCCCUUACAAGAACAACAAUUACAUCACCAGAUUGGUUCGACGUGCAGCAGUUCUUCCACUUGUACCAAUGCAGCAUGUAGAAGAUAUUUGGUUGAAUGCAUUAGAAGAAAUCGAAAAAGCCAACACAAACAUCAAAACUUUAGAAUUUACAGACUAUGUUACCGAAUACUAGGUUAAGACUAACCGCCACAUUUGGAACCAUUACGAAACAGUAGAACCAAGAACUAACAACCACUUAGAAGGAUGGCAUCAUAAAUUAAAGAAUCAUGUAGAGCACCCACACCCAAACAUCUUCAACUUGGUAAAACUACUGAAGAAACAGGGAGCAGCUAUUGUGGUUAGAAUCAUUCAAUACUCAGCAGGUGGUAAACGUCGUCAACGUAAAAGAAAAUACAUCGACAUUGACAACAGGCUAGCUGACAUAAGACAGAGACUGCAAGAUAACAACAUGACACCAGUGGAUACGCAGAUGCAGCAUCAUAUCUUCUACAUAUUAAUUAGUGGGUCAUUUGAGAAAUCUUAGUGAACUUUAUCGAAUUCUGUAUCUGUGUUAAUAUUGUUAUAUGUAUUAGUGAACAUUCAAUAAUGAUAUUUUACUUAUGUAAGUAUUUAUGAAAUAUGUGUUUCAAUAGUGCUACUGUCAAUAUGUCAAUGUAUUUGAAGGAAUUUAUUUAAAUUAUCAUUAAAUGUUUUGAUCAU